AUGAGUAACCGUACUGUUGAAGAUCUUGACUUAUUUGAUCAGUAUGUUCGCGAAGUGGACGGACAAGACUACGACGAUGACGUAGAGAUUCUAAGAGAAGUCGAGCUGCAUUUGCAAACCUAUCACAACGGGCGGCAUCGGCAACGUCAGGAAGGUCCACAGCAACCACUACCGAAUGUGAACGUGAAUCCCCAUGGUCGUAAUCAGCCCCAGUGGCCCCCAUUUAUACAAAGAAGGCGAUACCUACGACUUUUGAUCCAGAAUUUGUUGAUGUUGGAUCACCUGCUGAUAGUGGUGCUUUUCCCAUUUUCUGUCUACAAUAUCUUGAGGGUUUUAUUUUGUGAGGUAACGUUCUCUGAGAAUGACUUCCUGCCUAUGAUCGCCUACUACUGUAAGGCUAUCAAGAUUAGAAGCACCGAAGGUUACUCCUUCCUCUUACAGAGGCACGGCAUGGGGCUGCUCGGCAAGUUUAAUAACAUCGUAAUAUACUACACAUUGCCUGCAUUCCAGUGGAUAAACACAAAGCUUCAAAUUGGAAACAUUGCAGACACUGCAUAUUCCAUUAUGGUGAAAAUAUUCACAGUGGCUUUAUACACUUUCUAUGGUGUUGGCGCAAGUACUUAUUUAUGCUUUGCAACGUUUUUCUUCACAUUGUGCAUUAUGAUAACGUUUUUUCGCCGUUACAAAGGCGUCGAGAGGAUAAUGAGUCACCUAUACCAGACAACAAACGGUGUUUUCUAG